AUGUCGAGUCCGCUGUCGUCCGCGUCGGCCUUUUCCUCUACCGCGCUCCUCGAGUGCGUUAUCUGCGCCGAGACGAGCCGCUACGACAACGUCGAGGGCUUUGUCCAGUGCCGCGAAUGCUCGAGCGCGUUCUGCAUGCAAUGCUACCAAACGUACUUGGUGACGAAAAUCAACGAUGGCCUCGUGCUGCCGUCGCACCUCGUGUGUCCCGGCGAAGCCUGCGGCGUCGCAGUCACGAUGAACGACCUCGCGUUUCACGUGCCGCCCGAGACUCUCCGCAAGUUUCAAACGUUUUUUGCGAGCUCGGAGCACCGGGCGCGCGGUGGUCUCUUCUGCCCGCGCACCGACUGCGGCGCCCCGAUUCCAGUUAACGCCAAGGACAGCCUCUUCUUCAAACGGCGUGUCGACUGCACUGUGUGCCACAAGCGGUCGUGCCUCCGAUGCGGCGACGACUACCACCGCUUGCCCCGCGCCACGUGCAACGACAAGCUCUACAAAAAGUGGGUCAAGGCCACCAAGUCCCAGCAGUGCCCCAACUGCCGCUUCACGAUCGAGAAGAACGGCGGCUGCAACCACGUCUCCUGCAGCCAAUGCCACUACGAGUUUGAUUGGGCGUCUGGUCGCCCGUGGUCCAAGCACGGCCAGCGCUCCGUGCUUGGCACCGUGGCCCACGGCGUUGUGGUGACGGGCGUCGUCGUCCUUGAAGUCGUCGUCUUGCUCGCCGUCGUCGGGCUCGGGCUGCCCUGCGUUGCCGGCUACCAGCUCGUGCGCGCGUGCAGAGGCCACCGCGAGUCCAAAGGCGUCUGGACCAUGUAUGUCGACUGCAUCCGCGAGCUCGUCGCUGCCUUUCUCGGCCUCGACGACGACGAAUAG